AUGGCACCCCUCGACAAACCGACUCCUGCGGAGCUGGAGCAGCAGCUCAAAGACACGAUCCAUGAUCUCUACCAGAUUAUGGUCCAGGUCACAACCUACAACGCGACCUCAUCCAACCCCUCGGGCCCGGCCCUCUCCGAUUCGGUCCAGGCGCUCUCCCAGUCUUUGCAGCGCGUUCACAUGACGGCCACGGCCGGCGCGCCCCCUUCGCCCGACCUGCCCGGCGCCCUGCCCAAGAUCCCGCCCGAGCUCGUGCAGUACGUCGAGAACGGCCGGAACCCGGACAUCUACACGCGCGAGUUCGUCGAGCUCGUCCGCCGUGGCAACCAGCUGAUGAAGGGCAAGAUGAGCGCCUUUGCGCAGUUCCGCGACGUGCUGGCCGACCACAUGGAGAGAGGCAUGCCCGAGCUUCGCGACGACGUCGCGAGGGUUCUCGAGGGGACAAAGGUCGUCGGGAGCGGCAGGCCAGGGGGUGAUUGA